AUGCCGGAAAAGAACGAAAUUUACGACGACGAUAACGCUUCACAUCAUUUGAUGACGCUGUACGAGCUCUCGAAAAAGCACAACGACGUGUUCCGACAUCACGUCGUUGCAAAACUGGACUCGAACGCGGCGAAGUGCUUCAGUCUGUGCUCGAAGUGGACGCGAGAAGAUGUUUUGCAAACCAAGUUAGUCAUCUCCCGAGACUUUAAAGUGAACGAUAAAGAGUCCUUAAAGUUAGCGGUGAAACUUGGGAUGCCUCUGACGGUGAAAAUGUUCAACAAAGCGAUCGAACAAGGCGAUAGGAACGAUGGUGUUGUCGAGAUGUUGUUGAGGGAGUGUAAGUGCCAAGUCGAUUCGACGUCGGCGUCGCAAGCGGCGCGGUUCGGGAGGAUUACGGUUUUAGAGCUCCUGAUGGAGGAAAACGAGAAGUUGUUCACGCAUAACGCGAUGACGAGAGCGGCGUUCGAGGGACACUGGGACGUCGUUCGGUGGUUGAGAGAGAGAGCGUGUCCGUGGAAGAAGAGUUUGAUACGGGCGCUGGCGGAGGUGAAAAACGGGAAACAUAUGGUGCGAUAUCUCGAAAGGCAGUCGUGUUUGCCGGCGGAUGUUUAUUCCGACGAUGAAGAAGAAACAGUUUGA